AUGAAGGAAGGCAUUUUACCAGACCUCCCGGAGCCUGAAGUGAGAAAAAAUUUACGCGUAAGUUUUUCAAAAUGGUAUUCCAGAAACUUUUAUAGAAACUUUUUGUUUAAUUGUUUUAUCUAAACAAAAUUUUUUCAAACUUUGCAUUUUUUUUGACAAUUUUUUAUUUUUUUAGGAUAUCGACCGUUUGCCGCGCUCUCGCUCUCACAGUCGCCAGAGACGUUAACACCCACCAAUCCCAUUCAUGCCUCCAAUGGAACCCAAAUUGUUUGCGAAUAAAUUUCCUCCAAAAUUGUUGUUGUUGGUAUUUUUGUAGGGUAGGGAAAUGUAGGGUAGGGUAAUGGAAGAUAGGGCGGAACAAGUUAAAGGUUUAUUAUUUAUAAGGGCUGGACAAGUUAAAGAUUUUAAAGGUUUCAACUACAUCUACAUUUCCAUGGUCGGUGGAAUGUAGAUGUAGUUAGAUUAUAUGAUGUUGAUGCCGGCGAUUGUAUUGUGGUACUGCGUGUAUGUUCCUGGAUUGUUCUAGUUUUCCUCUUUGUCCACCGGAGCUAUCCUUGGUUUAUGAUGUGCCUCUGCGUCGCAGAGGCUAUGAACCUAGAUGAAAAGUAAGAAACUGGUUUUUUAUAUUAGAGGAGUGAAGUAACGAUAACAUCUUAUAUAUUAUAGUAGAAGCUGCUUUCUGACUUAUUUUAAUUUUCCAGGCUUGGACUGUACCCAAAAAUGUUAGCAAGUAUUGUCAACACAAGUUCGGGCCGUUGUUGGAGUACGGACAGUUACAAUCCGGUGCCAGGUGUCAAAGAGCUUCACGAAACUACGUCGGAGGCUUAGGAAACAAACUUAUUGCCAAAGACUUUGGAUUGGCUCAAAAUGCAUCGACUGAAGUUGGUGUACCCACUCCAUUGGGCUUGUUGGCUCACCAGAUAUACCGAGUUUUGGCGAACAACAACCAGUUUGGUGAUAAGGACUUUGGAUUCGUAUAUCAGUUUUUGAAAACACUAACGAAUAAUAGGAGAUAUUGUUAUAGAAUAAGGAAUGUUGUAGAGUAA